ACGAAAACUCGGGGUUCUCCGCCCUUCCCCUGUGAUUGGUCGGCAUUAACUGGGUCGAUGAGUGAAAUAGUGGCGCUGGCAAAGGAGCGUGAAAGGGAAGUGUGUUCUCGGUAGUUUGGCGGUUCUUCGGUCCUGCUGAAGAUCGCUGGGGUAUCUUGCCAUUAUGACGCAGGCAGAGUUUGAUAAAGCUGCUGAAGAAGUUAAGAAACUGAAGACACAGCCGACAGAUCAGGAAAUGCUGGAUGUCUACAGCUAUUUCAAGCAAGUUACAGUUGGAGAUGUAAAUACAGAGCGCCCUGGAAUGCUUGACUUCAAAGGCAAAGCCAAGUGGGAUGCCUGGAGUGCUUUAAAAGGUAUGUCCAAAGAAGAUGCCAUGAAAGCAUAUAUAGCAAAAGUUAAUGAGCUGAAGGAGAAAUACGGAAUGCAGUGAACUCCUGCUGAAUGGAAAUAUGCUUUACUAACAGUGUGGAUACCUAAACUGUAUAGUACACAGUACUACAGUGCCAAAAGUUUGCCACUUCUGAAUUAAUAGCUGUGUAAAUUUCCUUCUAACAGUUCAUAGAAUAAAAAUACCCAGUCAGUCAGUGUUCAACUGAUUGGUAGUGACAGCUU